AUGCUUUGUGGGACCCUGUGCCUGGCUCUGUGCCUGAUCAGUGUCAGCUCUGUAUUUGGGUCGAAGACAGAGGAUGCUGUGAAGAUGGAUACCAUACUAACAGAGGGUGUGCACCUCUUCAUGACCCAGCUUCUUCAGAGCGUGGCAGAUGACUGCAAAACGUGCGUUACUGAGUACACGGCACCAGCAAUAGAUCUUUUUAAGGAUGUCUGUGCAAUAUGCAUCACUGAAUACCGAGAGCACGGACUUAACCUAUACACGAAAGGCUGUCAAGAUUGCAUUGAGAUAUACCAAUCUUAUCUGAUGGUUCCCUAUGCCGGGACGUAUUCUAUUUGCAGAAAGUACUAUGCCAGCUACGACCUAGAGUUAUUUGGCACCGGCUGCACCAAGUACAUAACUGCAUAUCUUGACGGGGGGCUCGUCUUACCCGGAGAAGCAUGCGCUCACUGCCUGAAACUUUUCAUCGCGCACUCCCUUACCGUAUACAAUGGUAGCUGCUAUGCGUACAUCGCACAAAGUACAUCAAAGCAACUGGCGCAGGCGAACAUUCCUCCAACACACAACUUCAAACUCGGAGAGAUAAUGUACGACGGUAUCUUGCCUGUACGGAUCUACAAGGGAUGUCUACGAAGCGUCCAGAACUACUAUGCGCCCCUCUUGCUAAACUUUUAUAAGGAUAACAGGUAUGCAAUAUGCUUGGGAGCUAUGUACUUUAUGUCACUGAUGAUUGGCCUCGGCUGUCUACACUGUGGUGUGUAUCGCUCGAAGAGUAGCGACUUAUAA